AUGCGCGAGCGCGAGCGCGAGCGCGAGCGGCUGUCGCGCAGCCAGAUCGCGCACCAGGCCUCGCGUGACUUCUUCAUGGAGCAGACCAGCGGCGCCACCUUCAGCCAGCCGGUCCGGGUGAAGCCGAAUGAUCGCCAGAUCUCCAACAUCUUGGGCGAGUUCGAUCAGGUGGCGCCCAUCAUGCGCUCCGAGCGCACGCUCAACAGCCUGCCGGCGCCGCGGCCGACGCGCCUCGGUCCGCGCCUGGACAAGAGGGGCGCGCCCGGCCUGGAGACGAUCCUGCAGGAGAUGCGGGUGCCGCUAGCGGCGCCAGUGACGCCGCUCAAGACGCACCUCAUGCCGUUUCCGUUCCCCUCGGUCAAGGAUGAGCCCCCGGUCACUCCCCUUCACCGGCCAGCCGAUGAACAAGCGCCUUCCGGGGAGAGCAGCCAGCCGCGGCUGGACGAGCGGCGGUGGCGCGUCCCGCCAGCCGCCGUACCGGCCAGCACCAAACCAUCCCUGUCGGACGACUUGACACUGUCGGACGACAGCGACGAGGAGCCGCCCCGCAAGAGCGCCGCGGUCAGCGUCGAGCCGCAGAGGUCCAGCUACCGCAGUCGGACCUCGUCCCCGCCCCCCACCGAGACACCGACGGCGCCUCCGCCGCCGCCGCCGCCUCCGCCACCGCCACCGCCACCGCCGCCGCCGCCGCCGCCGCCUGCUCCGGCCGCCGCCCCCAACCCCGCCCCAACCUCCGCCCCGGUGGCGGGGGCCGCGGCGGGGGCGGGCUCGAGCGGCUCGUCCAGCGAGUCGGACUCGGAGUCGGCCGAGUCGGAGUCAGAGUCGGGCGAGGAGGUGCUAGCCGCUACCUCGCCGUCUGCCAGUCACCGCUCAACAGGCGACGGCAAGGAGGGAUCCGAGAGCCCCAGCACCAACGCCCGCAGCAAAUGGAGCCUGCAGUCCAUCAUGAACAAGGACCCCGGCGGCACCCCGGCCUCGUCUAUAUUCGAGAACACACCGGCCCGCAGCGUCAGCAAGCUAUCACCGCAUGACUUCCCGAACAGCACGGAGGCGGCGGAACCAAGCAGCGCUGAGCCAGCCGACCACAAUGACGCCGACAUAUCCAUAGAGGAGCUGGUCUCACAGGUGAAGACGCCGUCGCUGCCGUCGGACGCGCCGGCGCCGAUGGACAUGUCGGAGUCGCCGGCGUCGUCCGACUCACCGGAGCACCUGGACGCGGGCGGCGUGAGCACUAGCGACGCGAACAAGAAGGCCACCUUCAGCCGGCUCUUCUCGCACCGGAUCUCGGGCAAGCGGAGCACGCCGCGCGCGCGGCCGAACGCCUCCAGCGAGCGCAGCGAGGGGCACAGCUCGCCGGCGGCCAGCCGGACCGAGGCUCGUGAGGCGGGCCACCCGCGGACCGACGAGGCUCGCGAAGCCGCCCACAGCCGCGAGGCGCGGGCGGAGGUCAAGCACGCGAGGAAGGAGGCUCGGGAUGACUCAGGUCACCGCCGCGAGGGCUACCGGGCCGAGCCGAGCCACCCACCGCCGGAGUUCGCCAGUCACCGCCCCGAGGAGCGGGCCGAGUCGGCCCACCGUCGGCGUGAGGCUCGGGAGGGCGCCAGCACGCAGCACAGCGAGGCUCGGCACGACGCGGCGUCGCCACGCGCGCAGAAGCAGCACCGCAAGGCGGAGGGCCCGUGCAAGACCCCCAGCUCGGCCCAGCAGGAGAGCAGGAUCGAGUCCCCGCCGACCGGUGUUCGCGAGGCGGACAGCAGUACAAACCCCACGGUCGUGCAGGUGUUCGACAGCAAUGUGCCGGCGGCCCUGUACACCAACCAGCCGUUCGCCAUACCCGCGGAUCAGCACCAGUAUCUGAAGCAGGCACGACGCCUCAAACGGGCAGCGGACAAUGAGGCGGACAUGACGCUCAAGCUCAUCAGGUACACCCAGGCGGUGACCGUUCGGUACACCCAGGCGGUGAUCUACUUCCUGCUGACGGCCCUGUCCAUGGAGAAGGACUCGGACGACACGGACGCCAUGUCGGCCAUGUUGAAUGAUACGCUGAAGCUCAUCAAGACCGCAGGGAGCGCCACGGCCGCUGACCCGACGCGCCCCUCUCCCAGGGACAUGUUGCGCCUGUCAGCCGCCACCUACCGCAAGCAGGGCAAGCGUCCAACGCACACCGACCACAAGCUGCAGACGCUGCUGCUGCGCUGCCAGGGCCUCAUCUACUUGCGUAUGUUCAAGCUGCGUGAGGCGGAGCACAAGAAGGCGCAGCGCCAAGUCGCUGAGUUCAAGAUGCUCUCGGAGCCGCUGUCUGCUGAUGAGCCGACGUGCUCGGUGCCGAUCGACCUGUUCCGGCUGAUGCUGCGGCCGAGUUUCUUCGCCGAGCUGGACCGGACGAUGGGCGGCCUGCUCGCCACCAGCUCGUUACUGGAGCUGGUCUACUACAUUCGCGAGACGACGCGCCGUCUGCAGGAGAUGCACAACCGCGCCGUGGUCUGA